AUGGCUACCGUAAUCUCGACAGGCCACCUUUGUCCAUCCGUGUGCGACUGCACCGCGCAAGGACGUGUGGAUUGCUCUCAACGUGAACUAGCCCAAGUGCCUCCCGGUAUACCACCGUCUACCAGAUAUCUGGAUCUUUCGAAAAACAAUUUGCGGAACAUCGAUCCCAAUGCAUUUCGAGGCCUCAAGAAGUUGCGCACACUAAAUCUGCGUCGUAAUCACCUUCGUUCCAUACCGAAAGGCCUCGAUGAAGUGACGCUGCACAAACUCGACCUGCGGCUUAAUCUGAUAUCAUCGUUAUCACCCGCCGACGUCAUGGCACUCUCACAAAUUCGUUCAGUGGAUCUUUCGAGGAAUUUCAUAAAGGAAUGGCCACGAGUGAAAGAAAAAUUGGCCAACACUUCAUCGAAGAUUGAGAAGUUGUAA